CCAUUUCUCAUACAAACUCAAAACAAGAUCUUCUUCCUCUGUUGAACCAAAAAAAAAAAUGACACUUUGCUUUAGAUGGUCUCAAGCAUUACUCUUUCUCUUCAUCACCUGCACUGCAACUUUUAUCAUGGCUGAUGCUGCGUUGAAGACGUAUCAGUUUGAUGUCCAAGUGAAGAAUGUGAGCAGAUUGUGCCAUGCAAAACCAAUUGUUACAGUCAAUGGGAUGUUGCCGGGGCCUACUGUGUACGCUCGAGAAGGAGAUCAGAUUCUUAUAAACGUCACCAAUCAUGCACAAUAUAACUUGUCCAUCCACUGGCAUGGUCUGAAACAAUUCCGCAAUGGAUGGGCUGAUGGACCUGCAUAUAUAACACAAUGUCCGAUUCAAACGGGGAACACUUACACUUACAAUAUGACUGUUAAGGGUCAGAGGGGAACGCUAUGGUGGCAUGCACAUAUUUUGUGGCUAAGAGCCACUGUUUAUGGUGCCAUUGUGAUUAUGCCUAAGGAAGGAACUCCUUUUCCAUUCCCUCAACCUUACCGCGAAGCCAAUUUAGUCUUGGGGGAAUGGUGGAAUGGAGAUGUGGAAACAAUUGUUAAGCAAGGGAAUAAGUUGGGCUUACCACCACAAAUGUCUGAUGCUCAUACCAUCAAUGGAAAGCCCGGGCCGCUCUUCCCAUGUUCUGAGAAACAUACUUUUGCAAUGGAAGUUGAGUCCGGAAGAACAUACCUGCUACGAAUCAUUAACGCUGCACUCAACGAUGAACUCUUUUUUGCUAUUGCGGGUCACACCUUGACAGUAGUAGAGAUUGAUGCUGUUUACACAAAGCCCUUCACGACGAGUGCCAUUUUAAUUGCACCAGGACAGACCACAAACGUAUUAGUAAAAGCUGACCAAUCUCCUGGCCGUUACUUCAUGGCAGCAAGGCCUUUCAUGGAUGCACCAGUGCCUGUAGACAACAAAACGGCCACAGCAAUCUUACAAUACAAAGGAGUUUCAAACACUUUACUUCCUACCUUACCUACACUUCCAGCUCCCAACAACACUAACUUCGCACUCAAUUACACCAGCAAACUCAAAAGCCUAAACACUCCUCAAUUUCCAGCUAAUGUCCCUCUUCAAGUUGAUCGACGCCUGUUUUACACCGUUGGUCUGGGGCAAAACGCAUGCCCCAGCUGCCAGAACGGAACACAAUUAACAGCAUCACUGAAUAACAUAACCUUUGUGAUGCCAAAGACAGGGCUCUUGCAGGCUCAUUAUUUCAACAUGCCUGGAGUAUUUAGGACCGAUUUUCCUGACCGUCCAUUAGCCCCUUUCAACUAUACAGGUGCACCACUGACAGCUAAUCUGGGGACUACUUUAGGCACCAGGUUAAGUAAGCUGAAGUUCAAUUCUACAGUGGAAUUGGUGCUGCAAGACACUAACCUCUUGACAGUUGAGUCUCAUCCAUUCCAUCUUCAUGGCUUCAAUUUCUUUGUCGUGGGAAGCGGUGUAGGAAACUUUAACUCCAAGAAAGACCCUGCCAAGUUUAACUUGGUGGAUCCACCUGAAAGAAAUACUGUUGGAGUUCCUACUGGAGGUUGGACUGCUAUCAGAUUCAGAGCCGAUAAUCCAGGUGUUUGGUUCAUGCAUUGUCACUUGGAACUCCACACAAUGUGGGGAUUAAAGAUGGCUUUUGUGGUUGAAAAUGGAAAGUCCGCAGAAGAAUCUGUCCUGCCACCACCUAAGGACCUUCCUCCCUGCUAGAUUUUCAAGAAUCGAAGAGACCUUAAUUUGUUCUUUCAACCAUGCAUUGCAUGUAAAUUUCGCAAGCCAUUCCAGCAAAGCUAAAUUUCUUGUUUGGUCUGCAAUGUUGCAAUACAUUCUUUUGUGAAGAGGUCUAAAUGGGACCUUCACGUGUAACAUAAAAGAUGAUCAAUGAAGUCAUCAAGUUCCAUGAUAAUUUUCUCAUGAUAAUUUUCUUAAUAAUAAUACGAGAUCUCCAUCUCGCAUACAGACA